AAAGACGUGAACUUACCUCAGGCUACAUUUGAACUCGAAAUCACAAAAAAGUAGUUUCCACCAACACAGAGGACCUGACAUCAGCAGCAGCGGUGGAGGAGGAGGAGGAGGAAGAAGAUGUUGUAUCCUGACUCUUGCAAGCUCACUGGACCAUCCUCUUUAUGAACGAUGUCUUCACCAGGGACAGGACGGAGCAGGUGUGUCAUUUUCACCAUCGCCGCAGGUGGCAGCUUGUGAGGACCCCACUUCUAUUGAGUCACCGAUUAUUUACUCCUUCAUCCAACAUUCAGAUUAACGCGUUUUUAAGGUCGGGGAGGAUAAAGCUGAUCCACUCUCUGCUGCGUUUCUUUCCUUUGUGACACUGUAGGAUCUUACACUCUGACACUGUGUGUGUUUAUUUCACUUCUGGAGAUGACUGGACGCACGGGAUUUCUCCUUUACUCGUGCGUAAAAGCCGCGCAUCUCGCUGUGUACGUACGCUUGGAGGAGGCGAUGUAACUUCGCGGAGGCAUUCAUGAUCUUCUGUCGGACGCAGGCUGUGGCUUCCCGGGAAACCUGUUGGGUUAUCAACGGAAAACACGUCGAAUGUUUAUCACGAAACGGGAGUUUGGAGAGUCUGCUGUGUUCGAAGCUGGUGCGUCUUUGGGUGGAUGUGUUGCGCUCCUGUGAUUGCAGAUUCACUCCCCUCUGCAGUGAUUCCGCGGUCAAAACAAACAAUGUUUUCAUGCAACACCAGUGCCAUAAAGGACUGGAGCUAUUUUUUGUCUCAGAUUUUGCCUCUGAUGAAUAGAACAACGGGCUUGGUCAGCAUCGACAACGCGGAGGCGGCGACGACCACGAUGGUCACAGCUCUGCAGCCGGACAGCGCCUUGAGCUCCAGUAACCCGCCGCUCAACUCCAACCAUACCUCGGGCAUGGAGCACGUCUUCCAGUACUCUUACUCCGAGAGUGACCUGCUGUUCACCGACUACCGGACACCGGAGCGGGACUCUAUGCCGCUGCCCAAAGCCGUUCUCUACCUGGUCAUGGCGGCGCUGGUGGUGGUGGCGGUGGCGUAUGCGAUAGUUGGACACCUGGUCAAAGAUGUGGUUAAUGACUUUGUUGUCGGUGGAGGCAGGUCGAUCGUUGCAGAGGGCGACGGCGGUGAAACCAGUGAACCAGACUGGCUACGUGGCUCUCGUCGAUUUACCAACCUCAACAAGUCUGAGCUCAACUGCGUCGCCAACAGUAGGAGCGAGCUGGGCGAGAGGCCGCGGCUGGUGGAGAUGAGCUUCAUUUCCCUGAACCACGCUAACUGUCUGAGCGCCAAGAGAGCGGAGGAGAUAGUGGUGACCAUAGACGAGACGUUGCCACAGCGACCGCCAGACACUCACUCUGGGACGUAACUGUGACCACUUAGCCCAUCGCACCAGAGGUAAAAACAACGCAGCAUAUUGGCUUGCAUUUCAAGUGGAUUUAAAAGUCUGUCACAGACCGAAGCUCUGUCCACUGUUUCAUCAGCUGCAGGUGUUGGGCCUGAAGGGACUUUAAACUGUGAACCUGUGCUGGAAAACUAGACCUGUUUCCACUGUAAUGACUGUACAGGAAAAUUGUAGCUUUCCUGGAGGGAAAAGUCAGAAAUUGGACAAAUUAGUUUAAAUGUUUUUGAUUUUUUUUUUUGUCCUCAUUACAUUGAUCCUUUUUUUCCACCGACACACUGAACUUAAAUGUGAAAAUAGCUCGCUGUUAAUGAAACACAUGCGGGUCACUCAGUACACAUAAUCACUGUUUAUACAAUCAGGGUUGGGACUGAUGAGAUGUCAUCAGUGACUGAAUCUAAUUUACAUGACGUUAUGUCUAAUUAAUAAGAUAAUCUAAUAUGAAUGCUUUUGGAUUACCAUUCAUUUUUUCUUUUUAAGUAUCUCAUAACAUUUUCAGUAAAAAGGCAUUUUUGCAGACUAAGCAUUUGUGCGUUAGUCAAUGAGCUGAGUCAACGCUUCCAUUAUCAGCCAUGGUCUAAUAUUGUGGCUGCAUAAUUACUCACCAAAAUAAUCAAAACCGCACUAUGACCAAGUGCAAUAUAUAAAUACAGAGUUCAGUUUAUGUCAAAACGGCAAUAGGAUGAAAUUCUGCCCCCUAAAAUGUGCUUUUUAGAUAAUAAAAUAUGUUUUUUUUGUUGACUGACUCCAAAAAAAUUACUAAACCUGAUGAUUCUUGACCGUUAAGAUGCAAAAAUGAGUAUAAGGAAUGAUAUCACAAUUGCAAAAUCGGUCAAAAAUAAUCACCACCUGAUCUUUUGGACUAUAUCCUGCAGCUCUACACUGAUGUUAUUGUGCUGCACAUGGAGAAUAUUUGGGGAGUACGGUUGCCUUAAACCCCUCCAGGAAUUGUCUCACAAGACCUAGUUUUAAGAAACACUUUAAAUAACUGUCACAUUUUAAAGAUCCUAUCAAAAAUAAAUAAUGUAAUCCUUGACAAUGCAAGUAUAAUCUAUAUGGUUACUUCUUAUUUGUAAUCUGAUUAGGUAUUCCCUACAUCGUCUAACCCUGUGUACAGUACACGUCGAUCUACACUUACUGUAAAACACACCUCACGUUCACAAAUGCACAAUUAUAUGAUAAACGUCAGUAUCAAGCACCUCAGACGACACAGGACGUAUAAACACUUUUUUGUAUUUUUUGUGUGUGUAUUGAAACAAAAGCAAAAAAAUGAAUAAAAAUCCACUAUAAGUGUUUUGUAGUUUCAUAUUAUUAGCUUGACGUGAGCAAGUGCUAAAUCACCUGACUGCAAAAAUCCGAUAUGGAAGCCAUGGAGAGAGAGAGAGA